AGCUCCGUGGUUCACAGUCGCGUUGAUAAAGAAAGACGCGUCGCGUCGCGUCGCGUCUCUCAGGGAGGCGGUGAGAUGAGCGCACUUUGAACUGAGACCCGCAAUGACAGUCGGCUCUUUGAGGCUCAGUGUCAUGGUAAACAGUCUGAGGACCCUGUGCUUGAGAAAAGCAUGAAUUCCUUGGAAACGAGAGUCGACUUUUGAAGAACCGACUGCAGGCAGUGCAUUCUGGAGGCAUGUGUAGUCCUCUGAGCGGCAAGCAGCAGCCGGCUGGUCCGGGCCUCACAGAUCUGCAGCAGUACAGUCAGUGGCUGGCCAGUCGACAUGAGGCCAGUUUGCUGCCCAUGAAGGAAGACCUGGCGCUCUGGCUCUCCAGUAUGCUGGAUGUGGAAAUCACAGCCGAGAGCUUCAUGGACAGGUUAGACAACGGUUUCCUGUUGUGCCAGCUGGCUGAGACUCUGCAGGAGAAGUUCAGGCAAAAUGACUCUGGUAUGAGUUCACCAGGAAAGUCCAUCCCCAAUCGUAGGAUUCCUUGCCGAGCCAACGCCGCAUCUGGUUCCUUUUUCGCCAGGGACAACACAGCCAACUUCCUGUCAUGGUGUCGAGAGGUGGGCGUAGGUGACACCUGUCUGUUUGAGUCAGAUGGGCUUGUUUUACACAAACAGCCAAGAGAGGUUUGUCUAUGCCUGUUGGAGCUGGGAAGAAUAGCAUCCAGGUAUAAGGUAGAGCCACCUGGACUUAUAAAGCUGGAGAAAGAGAUUGAACAGGAAGAGAAGAUACCUGAACCUCCACUCUCACCUGUACCUCCUGCUUCCGAUUCUCAAUCUCCAUCCGUUUCUCCAUCCAUCUCUCCAUCUAUCUCUUCGUUCAGCAAGGCCAACUCUAGCAGAAAAAGUACUGGCAAGAUACUGGAUGAUGCUGUGAAGCACAUUUCUGAAGAUCCACCUUGUAAGUGUCCAAAUAAGUUCUGCAUAGAGCGACAAUCACAGGGCCGUUACCGCGUUGGAGAGAAAAUGCUUUUCAUCAGAAUGCUGCAUAAUAAACAUGUGAUGGUGCGUGUUGGUGGAGGCUGGGAGACGUUUGAGAGCUACCUGCUAAAGCAUGACCCAUGUCGCAUGCUCCAGAUCUCUCGCGUGGAAGGCAAGAUCUCGCCCAUCUCUGGCAAAUCUCCAAACAUCAAAGACCUCGCGCCUGACAGCUACCUGGUAGUGGCGGCCCACUACAAAAGCAAGAAGUAAAGAAGAAAUGUACUAAUGAAACAAUGACUUUUAAUGUAACUUUGAAGCACAGCUCACUGGCUCGUCGUUGUAGACGCCACAAGGAACUUCCAUUGGCUUCUAAAACUAACUAAAUGACAGUGUAGAUCAGCUAGUUUGAUAAUGUAUAACUAAGAUACCAAGGGAACUGGAAAACAGAAUCUAGGUUGUUUUAUGUGUAUACCAUUUUCUUUUCUUUUGUGUAAUAACCUUAUACAUUCGAUCUUGACAAAUGAAAUCGCUGGAUGAAUUCAAAUAUUCACUUCUACCCUGGUGGCUGUUCCCGUAAUUGCUUCAUUUGCUGACAAUAUUAAUGAUUUUUUUUAUGGGGCUAUUAUUAUUAUUAUCUUCUUUUGAUGUCAUGAUAUAUAUUUUCAGGCAUUUAUUGUACUUGACUGUGAUGGCCUUGCUCUUUUGGAGAAUGGAAUCUAAUCAGCCAAUCAUGCAGAUGAAUAGACCCUGAAGCCAUAAAAGCAUAAAGGCAUGAUCAAGUGGUUAAGCUGUUGUUCUUGCCAAACAUCACAAUAGGAAGAAAUGUGAUGUAGAAGACUGUGACCUUGAAAUGGUGGUUUUAGAAACUGCUGAUCUCAUCCAGUGAGCGACAGUUCUAGGUCAAAGGAGAAUAGCCAGACUGGAAGCUUCGCAGAAGAACAUACCUGAACGCAGAUCACAUUAAACCUUUCAAGUCAGCAAAGAAGAGGAAACUUAAACAUGAGUUCAGUGUAAUCCAGUGGUCCAUCCAAUAAAAAAAAUCUGCAGUGACUGCAUGAUGUCUGGUUAACAAGGGCCAGAAGCUUCAAGGAUGUAUUUCCAGCACUUUGUUGAAUCAAGGUUUAACUAAUGAAGUGAGCAGAGCACUGAGAGGUUUUUCCAGUAUAGUGCAAGUAAAACAAAUAAAAUAGUAACAAAUAAAAAAGGUUGUUUAAUCAAACACACAAUCUUUAUUUAAGCAACAGCUUUGCAGUUGUGCUUCUAAAACAGUUCCUGAUCAAAGAUAUGCCACUGCCCUCUACUGUUAAACAUAAACAUUGCAAUACUUCAUCUGAUUUAUUGUAUUAAUGUUAUACAGUGUGUAUAUGUUAGUUUUUUACAUUCGCUAGGACCCAUUUCUUAAUACUUAGGUCACUUUUUUAAAACUCUUCACACAGUCAUAUUUACAAACUUUUAACUCGGCAAAACAGUGAAUUUCAUCCAAAACGCAGUAAAACUACCAAAACACUACCAAAAACAGCUUUGUUAGGUUUUGAAUUUAAACAGUUUAGGAAAAAGUAUGUAAGCAUGUGCAAAUUGGCCUGUAGGUAUAUAGAGUUUCAGUGGUGUUUGUGU